GGGCCACCUAGGCAGCGAGCCGCAGCGCACGCCGGCGCACGCCCGAGGACCCCAGGAACCGCCGUUACCCCUCCCGGCAGCGUGGGCACCAUGAGCAACGCGGGGCUGAAUUCGGAGAAGGUAGCUGCUCUGAUUCAGAAACUGAAUUCUGACCCUCAGUUCGUACUUGCCCAGAAUGUGGGGACCACCCACGACCUGCUAGACAUCUGCCUGAAGAGGGCCACGGUGCAGGGUGCUCAGCAUGUGUUCCAGCACGUUGUGCCCCUGGAAGGCAAGCCAGUCACCAACCAGAAGAGCUCAGGGCGAUGCUGGAUAUUUUCUUGUCUGAAUGUUAUGAGACUUCCAUUUAUGAAAAAAUUAAAUAUUGAAGAAUUUGAAUUUAGUCAAUCUUAUCUAUUUUUCUGGGACAAGGUUGAACGCUGUUAUUUCUUCUUGAAUGCUUUUGUGGACACAGCUCAGAAAAAGGAGCCUGAGGACGGGAGGCUGGUGCAGUAUUUGCUUAUGAACCCUGCCAAUGAUGGUGGGCAGUGGGACAUGCUUGUCAAUAUUGUUGAAAAAUAUGGCGUUGUCCCUAAGAAAUGCUUCCCUGAAUCUUAUACAACAGAGGCAACCAGAAGGAUGAAUGACAUUCUCAAUCACAAGAUGAGAGAAUUCUGUAUACGACUGCGGAACCUGGUACACAGUGGAGCGACCAGGGGAGAAAUCUCAGCCACACAGGACGCCAUGAUGGAGGAGAUAUUCCGAGUGGUGUGCAUCUGUUUGGGUAAUCCACCAGAGACCUUCACCUGGGAGUAUCGAGACAAAGAUAAAAAUUAUCAGAAAAUUGGCCCCAUAACACCCUUGGAGUUUUACAGAGAACAUGUCAAGCCACUCUUCAACAUGGAAGAUAAGAUUUGUUUGGUGAAUGACCCUCGACCCCAGCACAAGUAUAACAAACUUUACACGGUGGAGUACUUAAGCAACAUGGUUGGAGGGAGAAAAACUCUGUAUAAUAACCAGCCCAUUGACUUCUUAAAAAAGAUGGUUGCUGCCUCCAUCAAAGAUGGAGAGGCUGUGUGGUUUGGCUGUGAUGUUGGAAAACACUUCAAUGGCAAGCUGGGCCUCAGUGACAUGAAUGUCUAUGACCAUGAGUUAGUGUUUGGCGUCUCCUUGAAGAACAUGAAUAAAGCCGAGAGGUUGACUUUUGGUGAGUCACUGAUGACCCACGCCAUGACCUUCACUGCUGUCUCAGAGAAGGGUGAUAAGGAUGGCGCAUUCAUAAAAUGGAGAGUGGAGAAUUCAUGGGGUGAAGACCAUGGCCACAAAGGUUACCUGUGCAUGACGGACGAGUGGUUCUCCGAGUACGUCUACGAGGUGGUGGUGGACAGGAAGCACGUCCCUGAGGAGGUGCUAGCCGUGCUGGAGCAGGAGCCCAUCGUCCUGCCGGCAUGGGACCCCAUGGGGGCUUUGGCCGAGUGAUUUUGCCUCCAGCUCCUUCCCCCUCCCACGAGACCUGAAGUAGCUGCGGAAGGACAGAUCCAGGGACUGAAGCCAAAGCAACACGGGCGGCUGUGUUCCCGCAAAACACAGUCCGACUCUUGGACGUCCAGUCUCCUCCAGGAACCUCUUCGGGGAAGUGUGCUUUACGCUGAAGCAAAAUAUUCUUAAAGGAAACAAAGGGAAAGAUCAGGACGUGCUAUCUACUCUCCUAUCUCCAACAGCUCAGGGUCUCUUCGCAUAAGUUAAUCGAGUGUCAUUGUCUGUCUUCAUUGUCAAAGGUCCGACUCAGUGUGUCUGUGUUUUAAUAAAACAGGAUGAGCAGUUGAGGUUCAGGGAGAGGAAAGGACCUAGCGCUGCUUGUUCCUAGAGUGGGGCGUGGGGUGGGGGGCUGCCUCGGAUUUGAGCUCUCCAAGCUGCUUGCGGCCCAGUGUCACCGCCCUUGCAGGGUGGCAGCCACUGAGCUCCGUUUCCAGGGGGAUUUCGGGUGCCUCCGGGCCUGCAGGUGGGAGCUGAUCAUGUGGGAGGCUGAUCGGGUCUGACAUGACUCCUCCCUGCUGCCCUGCACUGCGGGGACACAGUUCUGCUGGAGUCAGGUGUAGGUCGGGGCUUAAGGGAAACUGGGUGAGAGGACAGCUAACGCCUAUCAGGGUCUCGGCUGUGAUCAUUAGGGGGCGCUCUGGCCACACGGUCCACUUCUGCCUCUGGGGCUGGGGGCGGGUGGGCAGGAGCGGGCGAUAACCAUUCUUUCUGACAACUAGAUGGUGCUGAGAAGCUUUUGAAUAAAACACUUUGCUAAAUGAGA